AGGCCUAUAUCCGAUGUCCAUACAAUACAAUACAGAGUACCUAGAAUAUGUAGAGAGUUCCGUGCCCGUACACAAUAUUGAUACAAUACGCAUUACCGUUAUGCACCAUAGCAGCAUCAGCCAGCCUCUUCUUCCCCCCUCUACUCUACUCUUCCUGCAAGCACAUGCCGCCAGUCAACGCAUCUUCUCUCUGCCUGGCACCUCCCGCGGCGCUGCUACCGGCGGUCUGCACAAAGUACCACGGACCCGGAAGCACUGCCAGCGCAGCCGUGGCGGGGCUGUACCGGAUACCCCAUCGCCAUGUUUCGCACAUGCGGGCCGGCCAUGGCAGCCCAGCCCAGGCUGUAUCGGUCAAGUCAGCCAGCCAUUGAUUUUUUCUCAGUGUCAGCGGUCUCCUCGCGCUGCCUGCUAGUGGGCGGCAAAAGAAGAGAAAAACUUCGCUGGGAUCAAAUGCAUGCUCUACGCAAUCAGCGGCGUAGCUUAGAGACCGGAGUUAGUAAGCAGCGAGAGGAGGGAGAAAACAACCUUGAAUCCAUAGUUGAGCGGCAAAAAAAAAAAAAUUCACUGAGGGCGCUAGAAGCCGAAGACGCACGAGACCUCGGCCAAGCUGCUAAGAAAAGAAACAUUCGCCCCGGAGCGCUGAAGAUGAUCGGCCUUAAGCGCCCACCUACAAACAGACGAUGGCAAGACAAACUGCAUACAUAGAGGAAGAAGAGGCCAGGAGCCCAACAGUGGCGUGUUUGCUUGCUGUUUGUUUAUCGAUGUGUUUGCUGUCGAUAUGCGCGCGCGUGUGGGUGAUGCUCA